GCGGGACCUCUGUGAGUGACGCGAGGCUGGAAGUGAGAGCGUGGGUCGUGCUGUUAGUGUGAAUUGAAAGCGACUGGAAUGGAAAGAUCCAUUUAAUUGGCGAUAAGUGGUUGACAAACAAUCGCGAAUUCGUGAAGGAAAAGACGCAACUUCAGGUGCUGGACAGAGCCACUAGGGGGCGAUGUCUGACAGCAGCAGUGCCAACAGCAACAGCUGGACCCUCCUUGCAACAGAGGAGAAUGUUGCUGAAACCCUGAGGCCUGUAGCAGAGGGAAUAGAGAACCAUACAGACAUACUUGGUCCUGCUACAUUGGAGCUUACAGGAGAGAUGGGAGAUGGGAAGGGUGCUGUGCCUGCGGAGAGGGAGAGGUCUGAGGAGAGCUGGCAGGCACCACAGGAAGUGACAGGAUCACAGGAAGUAGAUCUUGAGAGAGUGGAGGAUACUAUCUCUCAUGUGCAGCACAACACCUCUGACCCUGCCCACGACCCCAACCUGGCCCCUGACCCUGCCCACGACCCCAACCUGACCCCUAACCCUGUCGGUGAUGUGCCCUCCUCUUCCUCUGUAGAAGUAACAAACCCUGACCCUGCCCACGACUCCCACAUGACCCCUGACCCAACCUCUGUCACCAACGACCACCUUCCCUCCUCAUUAGAAAUCCCUGUCCCCUCCAACCCUGAUCUCGACACUGCCAGCCAAUUAGCAGGCUCCUCUGAGAGCCAAGCCCCUCCCAGCCCUGACCCUGAUUCGUUCUCUGAAUCCUACACCCAUAUCAGCCCGUCUGCGGAAGAGGGCUCUGGAUUCCUGCUCACUGAGACCCUGGGAGCAGAGGAAGAGGCGGAGCUCAUACAGGAAGGAGAAGCUGUCCAUCAGCUUAACGGGGAGGAGCUUGGGCAGGAAGAGGAAGAGUCUGAGCUGUCUCAGAGGGUGACUGAGGACGGGAAACAGGCAGUGAAGUUGGUGGACCAGCUGGUCAGGGACUUGUUCCAUAUCUGGGCCAGGAAGUUGGCAGGACAGGCUGUGUCCGUACCAUCUGGAGUCUGGGAGGAGUGGGCAGGUGACGGGAGGGAGGAGUCUGAGGUGAGGAGGAGGAGGAGGGGCUCUCUGCUGGCAGCCCUGGAGCGGAUCGGACGGAGGGAUGAGGAAGAGGAGGAGGAAGACCUCCGUCUCCCUCAGAGGGAGGAGGAGGAGACAGGCUUCUCUCUGAACAAGUGCAUCCUGGGAGCCAUCAUCUUGCUAGGUCUCGGAACUAUCUUCUUCUCAGGUGUCUUCAUGGACCUGGAUGAGGAGGGAGAGUAUGAUGUCAGAGAGAUGAGAGACGCAGACGUCACCGGAAAACAUGAAUGGUUGAACCCUGAGGUCCCUCCUCCGCCUGUAGAUGUUGACAACCCAGAGCUCCUGAAUAAACCAUCUGAAGAGAACUUGCACGUGUCCGUGCUGCAAGCCCAACUUCAGGCACAGAAAGAGGAGCUAAAAGUAGCCCAGGGACAAGCAGCCGAGGGAGCGAAGGAGCGCGUGAGGAGGGAGGAGGUGGAGAAGGAGAAUGGUAGGCUGAAGAAAGACACGUCGUCUCUCCCUGUGCUUCUGAAAGAGAACGAGAAGAUGAAGAGAGACCUGGCCUCUGUUCCCGCCCUACAGAGAGAAGUAGAAAGACUCAGAGCCACAGUGACUGAACUAAAAAACAUCCCAGCCAGUGACACCACCUCACCGCCAGGCUCUCCUGCUGCAGCGCCCUCCCCUGGCCCGGUGGAGGACAGCAGCCUGAACACAGACAGGCCUGCAGACGAGGAGGUCAGGACCUUGAGGGAGGGAGAGGGGAAGGAGAAGAAGAAGAAAGACUGGAUGGCAGGAAAUGAGUGGAAGAAGGAAGAGCCUGGGCAGGGAAAACGAGGAAAGGAAGGAUGGAAGGAGCAGGGGGAGAAAAAACUGAGGGAAGGUGGGAAAAAAGACUGGAAACCCGAAAAUGAGUGGAAAAAAGGAAAGCGUGAUAAGGAGAGUGACGGUCAGGGCGGGAAGAAAAUGGAGAAGAAAGAGUGGAAAGGGAAAGAAGAGAAAACAGGGGAGUGGAAGAAAGAGAGAGAAAGCAGAGGGGAUGAGGGGAAGCCAUGGAAGAACAGGGAGGAGAGGAAGGAAGGGAGAGGAAAGAGUGAGAGAAAAGACUGGAAGAAGGGCGAGAACAUGGGUGAGGGGAAGGAGUGGAAGGGCAAAAGUGAGAAAAAAGAAAAGAAAGGAGGGAAACGGUAUGUUGACGGGAACGAGGGGAAGGGAGGGGAAGAGUGGAGACACGAGAAGGACUGGGGGAAAAGACACAAGGACAAAGGAGAGAGAAAACAGUGGAAGGGCGACAAAGAUUGGAAAAAGAAAGACGGCGGGAGAGAAUGGAAGGGUGAGGAGACGAGACCUUGGCAAGGGAAAGAGAUGGAGGGGUCCAGAGAGGGAGACAGGAAGAAGGAGAGACGGGGGGAGACCUGGAGACAGGAGGGAGGAAGUCACCACAGAGGCAAAGACGAGCACAAACACGACAAGCAUGAGAAGAGCCACCAUGGCUUCACAGAGAGAGAGGGAGGGAAGAAGGAGCUGUGGCACGGCCCUGGGGAGAAAAGCCCGCCUCCCACCCACCGCAGACCCCCCCUGGAGCAACCCAACUACUGGCUCCUGCAGCGAGAACGCCUUCAGCACAACCCCAGCCCUCAAGCCAAGUGCACCUCAGUGGAGACCUGCGCCCAGGCUGAGGGGCUGCUCCCGGUUCCCUUGCCAGAGUUUGAGGCCCUUCUCCUGGGUUACCUGGCCAAGGCAGAGAGGGUGGGGGUGGAGGCCUCCAGGAGAGAAGAGCUGAGGAAGCUGGCCACGGAAUUCUUCAAGGACGGAGUGUUCGCCCACGACCAGAUGAGCUUCCGGGAUUUUGUGGAGGAUCUGGGAGAAAUCUUGGAAGAUAUGGUGGAUGGAGAGGAGGAUGAGGAUGAGGAUGAGGAUGAAGAAGAGGGGGGGAUAGAGGAAGAGAUGGAUGGGUUUGAUGAUGAGGCUAUGAAGAAGUUUGCAGUGCCAGGUGGAGGAGAGAAAGUGGAGAAAAAGAGAGGCGAGAGGAUGAAGGAGGCUGGAAGAGGUCACGGGUGAUGGAUGGAGAGAAACAGGAAGUGUGGAGGAAGGAUGGAGGAGACGCAUCGCUCAGAGGGAACAUGCAGAUUACACACACACACACACCAUUCUUUCUCUACACUGUUUUGCUUAUUUCUUCCCUCUCCUCCUCUCUUUUCAUCAUGCUUCAUAUUAGCUCAGGUACCACAGCAGGCAGAUUUACAUUUGAAGGCUUGAAUGUCUUAAAGGAGAAUACACGUCUUAUUCUGGCUUCCAGAAGGGCUUAGGGAAGUCAGGAGGAGAGAAGUGGAGAGGCUCACGUGUGUUUGUUCUGAGGGAGCUUCACAGACCUGCCCAGUCAGGAGGGCUUAGGGAAGUGUUCAGGACCAGAGAAGAGGUGAGAGCUGAAACGUAUUCAUCCUGUUAGGGACCUGACACAAGUCCUUACACACAUGCCCACUCCCAUAACCACUGCCAUUUGUAUACUAGAUGUAGGCAAAUAGGGAACAUUCUUCACGUGUUGCCAGUAUAGCAGAUGCUUUAGUAAUGUUACAUGUUACACACAUGCACACACACACAUUGAAGUCAUGAACCCAUGAAUAGAAGAACAGUUUUCCUCAACCUUAGUUAUACCUUGUAUGGUCAAGUUCUGGUUCUUCAUAGAAGAACUUCUGACAGGGCCUGAGACCAGAUGGGCUUGGGAGACACAUCUCUCCAUCUGGUACGUACAAUUAAAAAGUGUGUUUUUCCUCAGUUUGAUACCAUGCACUGCAUUACUUAACCAAGCAAGGCUUACCAUUCUCUAGCUUGACUCAUGUUAACCUAUUUAUCCUUAAAGUUGUUUAGACGAGAGGUGGUUUGUCAUUAAUGGUCUGUUGUACUUAAGGAGCCCAGUACUAGAGGAGUCACUAUUACUGAAAAGAUUGAGCUAAUAAAAUGUUUAUAAUGAGGGUAGGUCUUUAUAUCCAUGCACUGUAAAGGUUUCCAGUGUACGUAGUGCACUGAAACUCCACACACAAGAAAUGUAGCUAACUUAUUACCGGUACUUUAAAGAUAUAGAAAUGUCUGUGAAGGUACAAUAUUUUUUUGUAUUGUUUGGUUUGUUAGAAAUAUAAUUUGUCAUUUGUGUAUUUUUUUUUUUGUCUGAAUUUGAUGAAACACUAAAAUGUCAAACAUUAAUGUAGAAGAUCAUCAUGGCACAUAUGCAAGACAUUUGCGCAUGCAUGUUUGUCGGUAAAGUACCCUAAAGCCUGGUUGAUAUGAAAAGUCCUUAAAAGGCCACAUAGAAAACUACUUCAAAGGGCAUUGAAGCUGAUUUAAGUAUGGGUGUAGUGGCAGGAGUGUAGAUGACACUGUAUGUUGGGUGAGUUUCAUUUCAGUAUGUUUAUGAUGCAAAUAAUUCAAUAAAUACAGCUGGUCCCGA